AUGACAAAUACAGUGACCGCUCAGAAGCCCGAGGAGGAGAUCAAAGCCGAACAGGAGGGUAGGUAUCACUGGAAAGACACCGCAAGACAUACACCACACAUGCCAUCCCUUUCCCUCACCACUACUUCCUCCAUGUCUUGCGUGUUGUGUCUCGUAACGAAUGCCUCGGCGACCGACACCGACUCGGAUGACAACGACUCGGACGACGUGCCGGAUCUGGUCGGUGAUGGCGAGGCCGGCGCUGACGGCAAAGACAAGGAUAAGGCGAACGCACUGUUCGACGAGAGCGGAUCCAAAGCCAAACAGUCGCGGAGCGAGAAGAAGGCCCGCAAAGUGAUGUCCAAACUCGGCCUCAAACAGGUGACGGGCGUUAAUCGGGUGGCGAUCCGCAAGUCGAAGAACAUCCUGUUUGUGAUCAACAAACCGGAUGUCUAUAAGUCACCGGCGAGUGACACAUACAUCGUCUUCGGAGAGGCGAAGAUCGAGGACUUGUCCCAAAAGGCACAGAUGGCUGCGGCCGAGAAGUUCAAGGCUCCCGAGGCGGGCGCCGGUGGUCUGCCCAGUGGUCUGGAUUCGGUGGCGCCCGGUAUUAAUCAGCCGACGACCGCACCGAUAGCCGAGGAGUCCGAUGAGGAGCAAGAGGUGGACGAGUCGGGAGUGGAGGCCAAGGAUAUCGAGUUAGUGAUGAGUCAGGCGAAUGUGUCGCGAGUUAAGGCCGUCAAAGCCCUCAAGAAUAAUAAUAACGAUAUCGUGAACGCCAUCAUGGAGUUGACGAUGUAGUCAACGGAUCCCCAGUGGAGAUACUAUCGUUGACUACCUGUCCCACACAUACAUUUCAAUGCGAUUGAGUGUAUCAUUAAUUAGUUUUUUUGCUUUUUAAUUAACUCACAUUAUAUGACAACUAGUUUAUGGGAAUGCCGUUUGUUGUCUGAAUUUUCGUACAUGAAUUGAGAUUUUAAAUUCAGUGUAACAUUGAAAUGAAUUGAUUGCUGAACUGAAUGAAUAAAAUUGUUUUUUAAGUUAUAA